AUGCUCAUCGAAGAUACGACGAAAGUUGUCCUUCUUCCGAAAAAUGAACGCUCUUUCCAAAUCUUUAGCUUGAAAUUCGGCUCCACAGAAAAACAAAUUCUAUAUUCCGGAGAGGGUGUCUAUGAGCUUCGACUGAUAACUGGCCAAAAUGACUAUGUCAGUAGACCAGAACCAAAAUUGACAAACGGGGAAGCGGUGAAAUCUUUGAUUAUCGAAAAUUCAGCCACCAGUGAGGAAGGUGCUGUUCUUUCGUGUCCCAAUAUUGUGAACAGCACCAAACUCAAUUUGGCAUACUUUGUCAUACUGGUCAUGUGGCACAAGAAAGAAUUGUACGGCGGCCGUUACCAUGCAAUGGACGACAUUCUAGACAACUUCAGCGCGUAUGUGAAACCGCAGAAACUGCUUCAGGAUAUUCGGCCUCAUCUUGUUAAGCUGAUUGAAUCUCUCUGCCAAGUUGUAGAAGAAGGCGGAGAGCCAUUCUACAAGUUCUCAACCGAAAAGGCCAUGAAGUUCGUGUCCACAAAAAUUGACUCUCUCACUGAUCUAUUGCAUUCAUCGCCUGAUUAUGCUCUCACUGGGUUCAUUAGAAACAAAUUGAAUGCAUACGAAGAAGCACCGGAUGAAAUUUUCCAGCUACAGAUCAAAAAAUACGCUGUCGAGUUUAUCUUUGGCUCAUACUUGACACAAGAGAUUAAGCACGACUUCAUGCGUGAGGCUAGCUUGGACUUUUCCACGGUAGAAAAUUACAUGAAAGCCCAAGAAGAAAAACAGAAAGCGUUGGCGGUGGUAGAAUCUAAUAUGAACUCGGUUGUGCAAACAACCAAGAAAGCCAGAGAAUCUCUGGCAAAGAUUACGAAAGCAACAAAGUCAUCAAAGAAAGUGGUGAAAAAGGUGGCCGUUGGCAAAGGUGCCUUGGAUGGUUUUUUCAGCAGGGCUUGA